CCCCCGCCAACGCCCCCCUCAAGCCUCACGAAGUUCCACCAUGGUCAAGGUUCCCAUCGUCAAGAAGCGCACCAAGCCCUUCAAGCGCCACCAGUCUGACCGCUACCAUGGCGUCAAGGAGGCAUGGAGGAAACCCAAGGGUAUUGACAACCGUGUUCGGCGCCGCUUCAAGGGCCAGCUGCCCAUGCCCAAGAUCGGCUACGGCAGCAACAAGAAGACCCGUCAUCUUCUUCCCAACGGCCUGAAGAAGCUCCUUGUCAGCAACGUGCGGGAAGUCGACCUUCUCUUGAUGCACAACAAAAGUUUCGCGGCGGAGGUUGCACACAACGUCAGCAGCCGCAACCGGACACUCAUCCUGGAGAGGGCCAAGGUCCUCGGCGUGAAGGUCACCAACGCUGCGGCUCGUCUGCGGUCAGAGGAGUAAAAGGUCGUCGCUGGUAUCGCUGUUGUCUCAUUUGCUGUCCUUUCCUCCCAUGUAUCCAUUUGACUAUGCCAGAGAUAAUCGACAUGCGACCAUGUUUCAGGCCCAUAAGUUAUACAUCUU